CUAUUAUUCUUAGGCGAGACCACCCUUGUUUUGCAAGAGUAGGGGCUAUGCAGGGUGGGAGGGAGCUGAACCCAUAGAAUAGUAGGGGCCACCCUGCAGGCAGGCAGAAUGGCUCUUCUCGUGAUUAGAAAGGAAUGCCCGGCUGGGGCGCCAGAUUCUAUACGUAACAUGGGUGGGUGGGCAAUAGUAGGGGUCUUCAUCGGAAAUACACUAUGUUCCGUUGCAGGGAUUGGGAAUGAACACGGAAGAACGUCAGUAAAUGAAUUGUGCCAUUAUCUGUUACUUCCGGGUCUUUCCGUUGCAUUCGCUUACGACAGGAAACAACCACCUGCGUUUGGUGCUUCACCCUACUUUUUGUGCACUCUUCUUUCUCUCCCUGGUCCUUCGUUCCGUCAUACUCCUUCCAACUUUCCCAAUUACAACGUAUUCACCAACUCCAAUGCCAAUGCACCUUUGCUCUAUCAAAUCCCAGGGACAUGGUCUAAUCACGAGGGUAGUAUUCCACCACGGUGUCGGAUCCCAGGUUUUUACGGAUUCCCCUUUCGUUACCGGGUCCAACCCCAUAAUGUCUCAGAACGAGGCCGGGAAACUACUUUUUGCUCUUUCGUCUCGAGCUCCGUGAAGCCCGAACAACGACAAAGUAGUGGUAGUGGGGCUGAGCCCUAUAUAAACUAUGGCUUUGAACAGGCACGAACCUUGGCCCCCGCCCUACUCUAUAACUAUUCUCAAGGGUGGAGGGGCCGCAAGGAGGGAACUAUCCACCUAUCCCACUAUAUAAGAGGGUGGGGGGGGGGCCCCACUUUUCUAAGGGUGCGCUCGACCGCCCCCGCCCCCGCCUCCGCCUCCGCCUCUACCUCCUCCUGGGCCCCACCCCGUCCCUUCUAUUCCCUCCCACCCAACUACUUAUCCGGGGAGGGCCCCUACUAUUCUAAGGCCCCUACUAUUCAACUUAAUGGGGGGUGGGGGGGGUCGAGGGCAACUCUCCACCCUAUCUAUAGUGGGGGGGGGCCCUUUAGAGUGGGGGGGGGCCCUUUAGAGGCCGCCCCUCUCCUCAUCUUGGGGCUUAGGAGGCCGAGGAACUCGUCCGAUAGGACGAGGAGAUCGAGGGAGAGCAGGUCGACCUCAGGGGAGAUGGCAAGGAACCGGACUUUGAACAGGCUUUCUGCGCUGCUCGACCGCAAUAUAGAGAUAGGGCGCCGGGGCCCUUUUCAUGCGCUGCUUGACCGCGGGGGCUCCGGUGGUUCGCGAGCCCCUACCUAUAUAAGGUCCGCGCGUAGCGGCCUGGGGGCGACCCCUACUAUCCAUAGGGUAUUGCACUUGGCACGAGAUGCCGAAGAGAGAGCCGAACAGCGGAUUUCCGGAGCUGUUGGCAUUGCUCUGUUCUCCCCUCUUUUCCCAUCGGCGAGUUCCAAUCCUCUUGUUCGGAAUUCAUUCGUUCGUACUGAAUCGCUUGCAGAAUCAAAUCCCGUUCUGCAAGAUCCCGUAUUAGCUAUACACCCUCCUUGCAUUUAUGCCGGAGACGUCGCCAGUGCUAUGGGCUUUGGCCUAUGUAUAUACAAAAUGAUGAAUGGGAUUGUGUCACUCUACUCGCCAAUGCAGAGGGAAGGGAAUGGAGCGCUUUGCUCCGCCGGAUGCGUCGGAGCCCCCCCUCUCUAUAAUGGGGGCUUUCUCACCCAGUACCAAUCAACAGGUGGCCAAUCAAUAGGUGGUGGUGUGGUCGAGUGCUCUGCUCGCCCUCUCCCGGGGAACUAUAAUUCCCCCCCACCCGAACUUUCACCCCCCAACUACCUGGGGUGGGUGGGAGGCCCUUCCGUAGGGUUAAAAGGUGGGAGUUCUAGUUCCGGGAAGAGUUAUGGUGGGUGGGCCCCUACUAUUCUAAGGCGCGGUCGAGGCCCAGAUAUAGGUAGGGGGCCGAUAGGCCGAGGAACUCUAUGUCGGACCGCCGGCGCGAACACAGUGGUCUCCGACCCGAAGAGGGACCGGGAACGAAUUCGAAUUCGGAUCCCGACACGUCGGCGGUUUUUCACCGUGGGCAUCUUGCCAGGGAGUUGGUGGGCUCAUCAUGAAUUGGGUCGGGGUGGCCGGUGGUUUCGGGAUCCCGUGGAAAAUGCUUCUCCCAUGCCUUGGGUAUUAGCCACAGCUCGUAUUCAUCCAGUCAUUCUACCCAAAGUUUAUCUCUGGACCUUGUUCCCCAAUAUUGUUACUUUUUCAUGCCGUGUCUUAGGAACGUUUUUGGUACGGUCCGGAUUGCUAGCUUCCGUUCAUAGUCCUGCUACGGAUUCUACACGAGGAAUCUUUUCAUGGCGGUUCCUCCUUCUCAUUACCGGCAUAUCCCCGAUCCUCUUCUUCCAGAUCCGCGGACAUCGGUCCAUAGAAAGAACAUUGUUCUCUAAACCCCUCACGGUCCGAAGGUCAUUUAUGCGCUCUUGCUAUCAAUGGGAUAGGGCAUUUCAUUUAUGCCCUUAGAAGAGUAGGGCCCCCCGGUCCCCACCCAACCCGGCCCUCUGCCAUUAAUCAGCGCAGGGCCCAUAGAAUUGUAGGGGGCCCCAGCCGAGCGAGAGAAGCCCUCUGCCAUUAAUCAGCCUGCUAAUGAAAAAUGAUAUAUACCCGUUCGAGUCUUGACUGGAGCCCCCAGUCAAUUAAUGUACGCCUGCUAGCCCCAGCCGCCCCCCGGGAGGUAUAUUAUCGUAGGGGCCCUUACAACCCCCCAUAGAAUUGUAGGGCGGCUGGGGGGUUUGAAGGGGCCCUUCGACAUAGUAGGGGGGAGGUAGCUCGAUUGUAGGGGGCUCGCCCGCCCAAUUCGGCUGGAGGGCUAGCCCCAUAUAAGUGUAGGGGCCGUACGGGGUGGGUGGGAGGACAUGCCGGGGCAAGCUGAUUCCCUUACAAAUAGUAGGGGGGGUGGGGGGCGGAUUCCCGCCCAAUUCGGCUGGGGCGCAUUAAUGAACGCAUUAAUUCACAGAUUCGAGCCCUUCAAACGGGGGGUCUCGAUAUAUCUGCGAUGGGGUGCGUGGGAGGCUAAUGUUGGUGGGAAGGGAUUCCCCUACUAUUCUAAGGGGGCGGGCCCCUACAAUUCGGCUGGCUCGGGGGAACUAAAGAUUCCUCUGCAGGGGCACCCUAGUCAAGCUUCAUCAGAAUAAUGAAGUGGGCCCUACGGCGUGUGUGGGCCCGCAUUAGCCUGCUAGAAGAAUUGAAUAGUAGGGCCCCGCCCGGGGGCAUAACCGGGGGGAGGUAGAUUACUACAACUAUAGAAAGGGGGGGAGGGGGGGGUGGGGGGCUAAAGGGUUCUUCUAGCUCGAUUCUAGCAACGGCACGAGUGCAAGCGCAUCCAUAGCCUCCGCCUCCCACCCACCCCUAGGGCACGUCAUUAAUGAACUGAUGCCCUCCUACAAUUCUAUGGGGCAGGCUGAUAAAUGAAAAGCAAUAGUUUUAAUAACUAUGCCCCCCCCAAUAAUAAUUGUAGAUUAUUGUAGGGGGCAAAUAGUUCUAGAAUCAACUAUCCAUACCAUAGUAAUUAAGAAUUGGGGGCAGCUCUCUCCCGCCCCUAUCCCCCCUAUCAAUACUGAGAAGGCUUGAAAACCGUAGGGCGCCCAGUCUGCUUGGAGAGGCACUUUGAAUCCCGACGCCCUAUCCAUAGUAGUGGAAUAAUAGAGGGAGAGGCCCCCCACCUCCUUACCUUUAGAUAGUAGGGGCCGAUAGGGUUCAAUAGGGCUAUAGUAGGGCAAUAGAAACGGGGGGCUUCCCCCACUAGAGUGCCGGGUCUAUAGGGAUAGGGCUCCCCGCCCCUCUUUUCGGGCUCCCCGGCACUAUAGCUAUCGAGUCCCCCCCACCCUGCAUGCAGGGGGCUAUAGCCCUAUUGAACCCCCCCCGCCACCCCCCCUCUAUAGUUGAGUAGGGCAGUUGAGUUGAGUGCCGGGGUAGCCCUGCAUGCUUAUUCUAGCCCCCUACUAUUCGCGAAGGGCGGGGGCUGGGGGUUUCAAUCAAGCCCUCGACAUUCUAUGGGACUGCAGUCAAGCCCUACCCCCAUAGAAUUGUAGGGGGCUUGAGUGGGAGGGAAUUGUGGCGGGGGGGCCAAUAAAGGAGAGGGGGUGGGGCCCCCACCCCGCUACUAUAGUUAUAGUAGGGCCACUCGACCGCUUCGCAACGUCCGAGGGCCCGG